GGCAUCCAAAAUCUCAGGGCCGGCCCUGAUACUACCGUGGUACAAAACUUCCAAUAACACAUACCAACCAAGUUAUCAUACUUGGUACAAUGCUAUCAAUCGAUUGCAAUUGAUACCAAUUUUAUUGGUAUGAUUGAUACACAUAUCGGUUUGGAUUGUUUUGGUACAAAAUUGCCACCGUACCAAAUUCUCACCGCAAACAUUUAAUUCUUUCUGCCCUUGUCCUUUAAAUCUCCCACCGUCUAAUUCUUCACCGCCAUUGCCUCCGUUGUUUUCUCACCCCUGUCACGAUUCCAGUUGCCGAAUUGGGCACUCACGAAGUCACGACUUCAAGCUUUCGGCAUCCGGCAGCCUUUUGCUUCUCAGCCUCUCACGGUCUCACAUUUCCCCUUCUCUAGGGGAAAGCAGUUGGUGUGUUUUUUUUGCCAUACUUAAGAGUGGGAGAUAAUUAAAUGGCUGAUCGACAAAUGGGUGAUCAGCAACAUCCACAUGAUACUCAAAUGCAUUCUCCUUCGCCUCCAUCAAAGGACGAUAUGAUUGGAUAUGUUAUGGCGUUGGAGGCUGCUUUACUCCCAUGUCUUCCUGCAAGAGAACUGCAAGCGAUUGAUCGAUCUCCCCACCCUUCACAUCAGAUUGAUGUGGAGAGGCAUGCCAGAGAUUUCAUGGAGGCUGCCAAAAAACUCCAACUCUACUUUAUCGGUCUGCAGCGUGAGGAUCAGCCAACCAAAGAAGAAAUCUUGCAAAAGGAUAUUGCGAUGAUGGAAGAAGAAGUGAAGACGAAAACCGAUCUUAUCAAGAAACAAGAGAGAUUGAUCCAAGGGUGGAGAAAAGAGUUAAAAGACCAAUUAGAGAAACACAAUGCUGAAUUGGAGAGGGUUUAAAUGUAUAUGCAUAAUUCUUGAAAUUAAUUCUAUUGAUUAUUUCACAUUAGGUUUAGAGAUGGACGAGUUGGUUAACCGGUUGGUAUUUAAACUCUUAUGACCGGUCCCGGUUAAAAAUGUACACUCCUGAACCGGUUAAACUCUGGAUCGGUCUAGUGGAAAAUGGGUAAUUGAUUGUACCUGGUCUAUUGUUCUCUUAACUAGUGGUUUGUUAGAAAUUGCA